AACGCUGCAGCUGACUUUAACUGUGAUUAUUUUUUAGCUAUAAAUACAUUCUUGCUGCUGACGCUGUUGUCGAUGAUGACUUGUGCCACCUAUCAAGUAUUGCGUAUUGUAUUGAAAUUGUUAUUGCUGCUACUUCUCGCUUCAUUCUAUACUGGCUUCUCAAUGUACCUGUAUACGCGCAAGGAUAUUCGCUUCAUGCUGGACACGGAGGAGGCUUUGCUGCGCUAUAUAAUUGAUUCGAUUUUUCUUUUUGCAUUCAUGUUGGCGCUGAUUUUUCACAGUCAUCAAACGGAGGCCACUUAUCGUCUAGAUUUCAUUUGGAAAUUACAAGCCACAGAGGAGAAAGAGGAUAUGGAACAUUUGCAAGCGUAUAAUCGCAAGCUGCUGGAAAAUAUUUUACCUGUGCAUGUUGCGGAACAUUUUCUGAGUCGGGAAAAGAAUAUCGAUGAUCUCUAUCAUGAGCAAUGUGAUAGUGUGUGUAUACUGUUUGCGUCGAUACCGAAUUUUUCGGAGUUCUAUGUUGAAUUAGAAGGUAAUAAUGAGGGCGUGGAAUGUUUGCGUCUGCUCAACGAGAUUAUCGCCGAUUUUGACGAAUUGCUAAGUGAGGAACGUUUUCGCUACAUUGAAAAGAUCAAAAGUACUGGUGCAACAUAUAUGGCCGCUUCUGGUUUAACGGCAAAUACCUGUAAUCAAGUGAACUUUUGUCAUGUUACCGCAAUGGCAGAGUACGCAUUGCAGUUAUUUGAUAAAAUCGAAGAGGUUAAUACACAUUCGUUCAACAAUUUUCGGCUGCGUAUAGGUAUAAAUAUCGGGCCUGUUGUGGCUGGUGUUAUUGGAGCGCGUAAGCCGCAAUAUGAUAUUUGGGGAAAUGCCGUAAAUGUGGCCUCACGCAUGGACUCUACUGGGUUGCCAGAUCACAUACAGGUCACACAAGAGGUAUAUCAGAUUCUGGUCGGACGUGGCUUUGAGCUUACCUGUCGCGGUAGUGUUAACGUCAAGGGCAAAGGCUCUAUGAUUACAUACUUUUUGAAAGGAAAGUCAGCGCAGCUACCAGCGCUGGAGGCAAACCACAUCAAUGUGGUGCCGACGACAAUAAAUGAAGCAAUUGGCACUGCAGCAGCUGUGGAGGCCGAGAAAAAUAAUAAGAAUAUUGAUUUGGCUAAUUGUGGCACAGUGAUAUCGCCCGUCAAAGAAAGCGCAAAGCCACUAUCUGACACCCAACUAGAAGAGAAAAAGUCUGAGUUUAUAUCAUCUCCACCACAAGUACCAGCGGAGGAGGCAGCACCACUCUCCUCCUCUCCACCAACCGAUCAAACGAACAAAGUCAGCACAGACUCUGGCGACGAUCUCUCACCCGAUUCGGAGCUAAAUUCCUACAUGCAGAGUGCCACCGCACAACGCCGAAAGUCGCUCUGCCGCCAACACAACAUAUCCUCCUCCUUUGGCAACACAACUAGCUCUAGUUCAGCACUCACGCCCUCAGCACUUUCCAGCAGUUCGAGCGUGGUUACUAUAGCCAUUUUGCCAGCAAUUGCCAAAGCUGGCUCCUCGUCCAUGGAGAUAUCCAUGGAGGGCACUAUGGGCAGCAGCUCAAUGAAUACCACCACAUCUGCCAACUCGACCAGCGGGCGCAGCAACAGCCAACCGCGUACCUGUGUCGAUGAACUGAAGGAGGCAUUCAAAGAUGAAAACGAAAAGCCACCACUCAAAGACUCAAUUGAAAAUCUACAAAUUUUACUACAAAAUAAUAUCAGCCUUUCGGAUCUCAGCAAUAAGCAGCAAUUGAAUCUACGAUCAAGCGAUGCCAAAAUGCAGCAACUGAAAAAGGAAACGAUCGUGACAUUCCGCACGGAGACCGCUGCACGUCGACAAC